CAUACGGUAAUGUUGGAGAGUUUGCAGUACGAUAGGCAGGCGCUGUUGGAGCAGCUGGAAGGGGUCACGGCAAUCUUCGAUCGAAUUGGGAAGAAUGUGGAAGCUGAACUCGACCAGCAAAACCGCGUCCUCGUCUCGCGAGAUGAGCUCCAAACUCUACGUGACAAGGCUGCCAAAACCGACGGUCUGGAGAAAGAGCUGUUGACUCUCCAACAGCUGCAGCGGGCGCAAGAUGCCAAAUUGGACGAUGUUCGAGUAGCCCAAGAGAAGAAUGCGCAAAAUGAGCGAUUGGCUCAGGACAAUGCACGCCUUGCUGAACAGCUGGAGGAAUAUAAGAGUGCUAGCUCACGGGUUUCUGAGUUGGAAAAAGAGAACGAGCGGCUGGCAGCGAGUCUUCAGCAGGCCUUGUUACUGCCGAAGGAUAUACGGGAUACAGGUGGUCUCAAUGAAGGAGGUAAAGAUGCAAGAUCAAUUGCGAAUGAUCCUUCUCCAGCUACACGGCAGAUUGACUACGACGAUUCAAAGGCCGUCAAAAGUAAGCCUUACCGCACUUUGGUAACCAGAUACAACAUCCUGUACGAGAACUGGAACGAUAUCAAAGCUGCCAGGAAAAGGCUCGAGAGCGAGGUUAGGAGGCUCAAGGAGAAAGAUAAACAGUACCAACAGUUCUGCGAUAGUCAAGGCAAGAAAAUCGACAAGAAACGGGAUAGAAUACGAAGGCUAGAAGAAGAGCUUGGGUCUCUGAAGGCGCAAAUGCAAAGUUCUGGACAACCCAAUAUCAGUAAAACAGCACCGAGAAGUUCUGUUCAAGCUUUUGAUAGCCAUAACCAGCAUCGACUAGAUCCCAAAGGCUUGCAGGAAGUUGCUAGGGCUCUCAACUCCGCGCCGCUCGCGCCUAUACACUACCGAGGCAAAGUCAUAACCAUUGAUGACAUUGUGAGGGUUCUCGAAGUUUUCAAUAAUAAGGCUGAAGUUUCCCAUCGAAUUGAGGUGCCGGCAAGCAGCCUGUCUGGAGAAUUGCGAUCUCAAAGCGCUCCUCUUCCAGGCCCAGAUACUAGCAGCCGAGAGCAGGCGACACGAUCGAACAAGUCCGCAGGCCCAGAAUGCGAAUCCAACAAACUUCCAGUGCUAUUUAGCGGUGAAAUUGAUGGGAAUGGCCGCGUCGCGGACACCGAGUUCGAGUGUAUUGAACCUCACCACUCCAGCUCGACUCAGGACUGUUCAAAUCCGAACUCCCCCAGCAAAGAUGAUGACCAAGAUCCGAAGAUCAAGAAGGAGCCUUCAAUUGAUACCCGACUUUCACCAGACACCCCUAUGGUCAUAUCGGCCCGCCGUGCCAAUAAGAGGAAAGACCGUAAUGAGCCAGAGACUGUUUCCAAAAUAAAGAUUGAAACAAUAUCGAGUAGUCCUAUCGGUCUCGCUGCUUUUCAUGGUUUGGAUCAGAGUGAGAGCAUUGAUCUCGAUGAUAUUGGUGACAAGCAAAUCACACCCAGGAAGCAGCGACAAUCAAUAGGCCGCAUGAGUGGAGCCAGACCUUAUGGUGCAUACUCCGCGCGACAAGAUGGAAACGAUAACCAGGACCACGACGACCUCAGUGAUAUUAUAGAGGGUGAGCAGGUAUUCCAGGAGACACCAGUUCCCAGAGCUAGACACCCAGUCAAUUCUGCUCUGCGACCUUUGAGUGCCAACAAACAAAUCAUGCCUAGGACAUCGGAGAACCAAGCGCCAAAGCGGCGCCGGCUUACCAGUAAUAAGGCUGUCGAGGAACUGGCUGAGGAUGGUGAAAAUCUACGGCCUAUAGAGAAGACCUCUCGCAAAAGGGACACAGCUUCCUCUGCCGAAAGAUUGGGCGAUUUACUUGAGAAGCCAACGCCACCGAAACAUGCCAUCAGCCAAGCUAGACGUUCUGUUCUGACCAAAUCUCCACUGUGCCCUUCUAACGCUCCAUCUACGCUGAAUCCAACAUUGGAUCCGGCUCGUCGUACUGGCACUCCUGAUAGAGUUUCCACUCCAUCUGGGCCAUCUUUUAAGGGGCCACUCAGAGACUUCAUGGAACCCUCAACACCAGCAUCUAGGGACUCGGCUUAUGUAUCAUUACCACAAUCUAGAGAAGAUAUUUCGAAUCAUUACGAAGGCCGUUCAAAAGCAAUUCUGUUUAAGGGUCUAUCAAGAGUAUCUGCCGAACUGUCAAGACCGCCCACGAGGAGCUCAGUGGGAGCCACCGACGUACCCAGAUCACUACGGUCAUUGGAAACCCCAAAUGACCAAUCAGCAAUUCCCUCAAAACCCUCAACAACGAAAGAGAGGUCAUCUCGCGCAAGAGGAGAACAACAUAAUUUGGAUUUGGCUGACUACUCCGAGAAUGAACCACUUCGGGCUCGGCCAUUGGAAAAGUUAAGCCUUCAGGAUUUCAAGAUCAACCCAAAUUAUAAUCACGGUUAUAACUACGCCUUCGCAGAUGUUGUUCGCAAUCAAGAUGCGCGUCGAUGUUUACAGGGCUGCACGAAGCCGGAAUGCUGUGGUAACAAGUUUCGUGCCCUGGCCGCAGCGGCACGGGAUCCUAAUAAACCUCUGACUGCUUCGCAGGAAGAGGAUGACGCUCGCCUGCUCGAAGAGUUCAUGGGCGACAAUGCAUACAAGCUCCGCAACAUGACGAAAGCUGAAAGAGAUGAGACUCUGCUGCAAGCGAGAACCAGGGAGCUCGCGAAUAAGCAUGGCAGACAUAGACAUGCGUAUGAAAGGAGACGGAGCCCACCAGGAUUUUGGAGAGUGGAAUUCCCCACCACGCAGGAAGAGAUAGAGGAUCGUGAGAAGAGUAAGCAACUGGAGCGGGAUCUAGUUGCUCAGAGGUACGAGGAAGCGAUGAGACCUGGCGGUGCCUAUAUCUUUAGAGACGAGUGAAGAGUGUGAAAAUUGCUUAACGUUAUUGUUAUUGGCGCAUUCAGACAGGCAUGACUACGGGCGUAGCAUUGCGUGGAGCUUAUGAUAUUCAGCAAGGUGUCUAGGAAAAUGGAGGGAGUUGCUCUGCUUUGCACAAGAUGUACAUGAGAUCACACGCACAUGGGCAUGAAUAUCUUGCGGGCCAACUUGGUUAGAUAAGGCCAUUGCUCACGACUUGCCGGACAUAGGGAUACUUGUAGAGGAAUGUG